UGUUUCGUUGCGGCAAGGCCAUCUAGAGACGCUGUUUAAUAACAAAGACGCGACGCUAUAUGGGCGUCACAUAUAUUGUUAAGAAAUCAAGUUCUCGUUGUUUCAGUUUGAAGAAUGGACUGGGAGAAGAAGUUUAAUAAUAUCAUUAGAGAUACUGAUGCCAAUCUAGAAAAGGUUAAGUCACGUGUCAUGCUGUCGCACUGCUCGACGGGCGGUGGAUCGACGCCGGGCCGCGCCGACCGCGUGGCCAUGGCCGCUGUGACGCCGCCGGCGGGCCCGGCCGCCCCCGGCCUGGCCGAGCUGCAUGCGCUGCUGCAGCAGCAGGCUGGCGAGAUCAAGCGCAUCCACGGCAUGCAGCGGCGCCAGGAGCUCGAGUCCGAAUACAUCCGCGGUGAGCUGAGCAGGCUGCGCCGUGACCUGCGCAAAAUGCCACCUGCCACCGAGACGGAGCGGAACAGACAGCGUGAGCCUGGUACGGUAGCCAGGGAUGACUUGGUCUGGCGGCUAACCCAGCUAGAGCGGCGCGUCAUCGGCUUAGAGGAUGCCCGUAGGAGGGAGACGACUCCGGGCAGGCCGCUGGUGUUCGGCACGUCGCCUCUGGCGUGCGUGGACGACCACUUUCCGGCUGAAGUGACUCAGCGCACCCCGCCGGCGCCCACCGCCGUCACAGAGCCCCUGGGUUUCAACCUGGACGACCUGGCGCUGAGUGACAGCGACGACCACUGAAAGGGGGUCGACUGCUGGGCUCCACCGGCCCGAGAACCUACCGCGGCACGGACGGUGGCGCUGUCUCAAGACUCGGUCGGUCGUGACGCCGGGCGGUGAGCGGCGUUGUGACCGCGGACAGCCAGCCCUCGAGCUCCUGUCGGCUCACGGGGCACGGCUGGCGAGCGACGAGGAUCGCUCCAGCGCGGGCCGAGUGGAUCUCUGAUGGUACCGUCAGUCCGGGGUCUGAGCGGCGCCGCGGGGACCGCCCCAGCGCGGGCCGAAUGGGUCUCUAACGGUCUGAGCGGGUCUCUGAUGGUCCGAGUGGGUCUCUGACGGUCCGGGUGGGUCUCUGAUGAUCUGAGUGAGUUUCUGACGGUCCGAGUGGGUCUCUGACGGUCUGGGUAGGUCUCUGAUGAUCUGAGUGAGUCUCUGACAAUCUGAAUGGGUCUCUUACGGUCCGGGUGGGUCUCUGAUGAUCUGAGUGAGUCUCUGAUGAUCUGAGUGAGUCUCUGACGGUCCGGGUGGGUCUCUGAUGAUCUGAGUGAGUCUCUGACGGUCCAAGUGGGUCUCUGACGGUACCGCCAGCCUGCGGUCUCGGAGGCGCGGCGGGGACCGCUCCAGACUGAGUGGGUCUCUGCCGGUACCGCCAGCCUGCGGUCUCGGAGACGCGGCGGGGACAGCCCCAGACUGAAUGGGUCUCUGACGGUACCGCCAGCCUGCGGUCUCGGAGGCGCGGCGGGGACCUCUCCAGACUGAGUGGGUCUCUGACGGUACCGUCAAUCUGCGGCCCCGGCGGCGCGGGCGGGCGGGGGACGGGAGGGAGGUCGUUGCGUGUUCUGGGGCGGACUGGGCUGGGUAGCACUGCGGCGUGCGGGAUCAGAACAGGACCGAGCUCACCGGCGGCAGGACGCUGGCCUCCCGUCAUAGAUAUACGGGUACCCGUUGUGAAGGUCACGAUCGACGGUCAGCGGUGAUGGAACAGGGAAAAGGCAGUGAGCAGCUGGGGCGCGGGGUGUGCCCGUGUUGUAACCGUGUUGUAACCGUUUUGUAACCGCGGGAGUCACGAGGGAGUGAAGGCACUGUCAAAAUUUGACGGAAAACUGAGGCAUUGAAGAGGCCAGUGUGCAAACUCACAGCUACUCUUGUAGGUCCUUGACGCUAUGGUAAGUGUUAGUUGUGACCUGGGAGACCUGAUUUGAAGGUCAGGAGACAUGAGGAGUAUGUUUCAAGGUCAUUUUGACCUAUCUCACUGCCUUACAAGUGAAUCGAUUGCUAAGUAUGCCGAGUAUACUCUUCGUCCGUGCAGGCUAUAACGUUUAUGGUUAGCUACCGCAAUGACUCGCUUUGUACAGUACCGUGAUGGCAAUGUUACAGAUAAGGAGUUCUGGGUAACUUUCAGUGUCGCAUACGAGACACGAUGCUGAGCUUGCGUUGAAUGCGUGAUGUCUGUAACUAGUGUGUUUUUAUUAGUAAUCUUGUAUUUUGGUAGGUUUUGUAUCGCGUAGAGCAGCUGUCUUGCUCUACCGUGACUGCAAGUGUUAUCCAUGUUUGGCGGCGUAUAUCCGGCUAUUUUUUGCUUUGUCAGUUGCAUCUCCAGUUGUCAGUUUCUUAUGUGUAAUUUCCAAAAAUGUUGCCGGCUUUCCCUGUACAGACAUGGAAUUCAUGAAACAUUGUGGUCCACUUCUAACAGUGUUGAGACAUUCGAAAAUAUGGUGUGCAAUUGGCUGUUGCCCCCACCGAAUGUUUUGUUCAAUAUGCUUUCAUGGAACUUAGUCUUGGAAGGAAAUGUACCGCCAUGGUACAUACAGACCUUUGCCAUAUUGCGUUUUAAGGAAUAUCGACUUGGCAAGGCGUGGUCGCUGUGUAUACAUAUAUGCUGGACUGAGCUCUGGCUUGUAGCGGUAUUUCUCCUAGAUCAUCCAUCUGCCGUGAAGCGACAUGGGAGCUUCGACGCAAAAAGCCACGCCAUGGCUCGUGGGUUGCUGAUGAAAUGAGUAACGGCUUUCAUCAAAUCGCUACAGUAGGCGUGGCAGGACCACUUAACGAAUGGCCAGGAGCCGGCCGUGACUUCCGACUUGCCGCCUGGCCUUCAACGGAGUAGCUAUGGACUUAGUAGACACUAGUUUUAAGCGUCAGUGAAUGGUUAACUCUCGUAUGCUCUGAUUGUUUUAAGGGGCAGUGGAGGUUAACUUUUGUAUGCUCUGUAAGAUUGCAGUGCUGACUGCACGUUGGUCGUCUGCUGUCACUAGAGCGUUACGCAACUCAUUGGAAUUCGCCUGGCUCACAGUAAGCAUAAGCGCAGCGGUUUGAAUGGACUCAUACCCAAAUGCGCUCAGCUGUGGGAACCUUGCCUCAAACCAUGAAAGGAAGCCUGCCUUGAACGUCGGAAGCAGGACACCAAAGCCCACCUGGGUUUCUUCGCCGGGCGCCUUUGCCGCUGUGGUUUGGGGGCAGGACUGCGGUGGGAGGCUGUCUGCUGGUACUCUGAUUCUACUUACUGAUUGGUGGUUUGCUGUCCACCUUAUCCUUUCGCUCAUCUGCAGCUUUUAUCUAUGUUUGUCCAUUGCGGGGCGUCUGAGUGGGUGUGAAGGAAGUGCCUGUUUUUUUUUAAUACCACGAGUGUGUGAUCAAUUGAUGAGGGCACGAGCAGUUGUGCAAUCACAAUGGCGGCGUUUUGUGUGAAGUCAUUCGACGUUACGUAAGUGGAUGCGACGAAAAAGCUCGUGGAACUGCCGGCGCGGCAUGUUUUCAAACUUCCUUGCUGAAUAUAUACUGCAUAGGA